GCAGGUUUUCUUCCCUCUCAAUUCUCAAACGAACAGAAAACAAACAGGCGCUCCCCAGUUUCCAGUUGUUCGUAAAUCGGCAAAAAAACAGAAAAACAGCCGAAGGGGAAGGCUUAUAUUUUCAAAGAAAGAAUGAGAACGAAAUCUCGAGGCUGUAAGUCCAGACCUUGCAAUUCGAUACCUCCUUCAAAUCCCUCCCUCAUGUCCCUUCCUCUCCUCCGUCAGGAUGAAGCUAAUGAAGAAUAUCGUGUAGAUGGUACUGAUUGUGGAGUGUCGGAGGGUACUGGUUCCAGCCAAGAUAAUGAUAAUAAUGAUGAUGUUGAUGAUGAUCAUGAUGAUGUUGUAGUUCCUGAUUCUGUUGAAGAGGUGGAUAGAUGUGCAGGAGAAAACCAUGGUGCGGGGCCUAGCAGAGAAUGUAUCAUUGUAGAUUGGUUAGAACAAGAGUCUUGUAUUAGAUGCAAUAGCCGAACUGGUCAUGUUUUGGUUUGCAGUGAAAAUGGCUGCCCAGUUACUGUACAUGAGGUGUGCAUGAAUUGUAAUCCUAAAUUUGACAAUAUGGGUAAAUUUUACUGCCCUUACUGCUGGUACAAGCGAGAACUAGCGAGGACCAAAGAGUUGAGAAGGCAAGCUUUGUUGGCAAGGAAGGAAUUGUCAAACUUUAUAUGUUUGAAGAGGGAUGGUGGAAAUGAGGAAAUGCAGGUAGAUGAAACAGAAAGCAUGAAAGCUGCCAGUGUGUCAAAAGUGGCGGGGAAGAUAAAUACUGGUGAUUAUGAAAAUGGGCUGAAUGAUAAAAAUAAUGAGAGAAUACAUCAUGAUCAGGAGGAAACACCGGGUGUUGAGUCCAUAAGCAAAUCUGAUGAGGAAAGAAACUCUAGAGCUUGUGGGUCUGAAAAUUUUGGGGAUGGAGAAAGGAUACAAGACGAGGAUAUUGAAAAUGCUUCUGAUAGUGAAGAUGACGAAAUUGAUGAGGAUCGAUGGCAAAUACAACCAAUUAGUUUGAACCAUUUAGAAAUAGAGAAAGGUGCACUUCAUGUAUCAACUAAAGAAACUUCUGACAAUGUAGGUGUAUUAGAAGAGAACAAGGAAGAGCCAGUGCUCCCAAAUGCAGUUGGAACUACUAUGGCACUAAUAACCAGUGAUGCUACAUCCAGGGUGCCUGCAAUUGAAAGUUUUGAGUUUGUAUUACCUGAUUUGGAUACUGAGACACUCGUAGUGCAUCAAAAGCGUGCCAAACGAACAGCUCAGAAGGUGUGGCCUCAGAAAGUUGUUUCACCAAAGAUGCCAUCCUCUGAACCAAGUACUAGUGCAAAGGAUAAGAAGAUGAACCAACAAGGAAAAGCUACAGCACCAAAAAACUCUGUGCAAUGCCAAGAAUUAAACAAGCGAUUUUGCAGUGUGAGUUCAAAAUUGGGUACUGAAAAGCGUAGGCGAUUACACUGGACAGCUGAAGAGGAAGAUGUGCUGAAGGAGGGAGUGCGUAGAUUUUCAAGUAUAGUGAAUAAAAAUAUCCCCUGGAGGAAAAUUUUGGAGUUUGGUCAUCAUGUUUUCCAUUCAACUCGAAUUCCAGUUGACCUUAAGGAUAAAUGGAAGAAUAUUAUGGCCAAAGAGGCCCCAAAGUAACAGGGGAGCAUGAUUAAAUCUGGAGGUAUAAGAGAACAGGCAGCAUCUGAGCUCCGGGAUGUAAUUUCUGCUAUGUGUUAUAAGGUCAAAUUGCCUUUUGAUUUCACCUGGCCUGAUUGGAUUCUUGGCCCAAGGAAAUGGAGAAAAUAGGCCUUUGCAGGGAAUGUUAUGGAAAGUGUGUGUGUGUGUGUGUGUGUAUAUAUAUAUAUAUAUAUAUAUGUAUUCUUUUUAUGCAACCUGAAUAUUUUAAGCAGUGUAGACGUUUUGACAUUUUCGGCUUCAGUCGCUUGUUCUAUAUUUUAGUCCACUUAUUUCCAUUGUUAGACUAUUUUUCAGACUCUCACAAGCAAGUCACGCGAACUACAUAUUCAUGUUUUAUACAUUGCACUUGCAUCUAUUGCAAGCAAGUCAUGUCAAUCAGAUUUUUAUGUUUUUAAGCAAUUAGAUUUUAAAUUUAUCCUUGUAAUUCAAGAUGUUUAAAUUUUCUUUUCCUUUUAUUUUUAUACUUGUCUGAAGUGGCAUAGCUCAUCAUCUAUGAAAAUCUAGUAAAACUCUUGUAAUGUUUUCACUUUUCUGCCAAAUUAUAUUCUUUAAACAAUUAAAUCUGCUAUCUUCAAAUAUAAGCUUUCCUUUCUCUUAUUCCUUUCGCUGCUAAGGGUGUAAAGACUGACCACUGCUCUGUCUAAGUAACUUUUAUAUAGUGUAGAUAUUCUCCUCUCCUUGUGUGGACCAACAUUAAUGUAAUGGGAUAUGAGAAUAACAAUGAUUUGGUUAUCAAGGAGUUAAGGAAGUGGUUGCCUGCUGAAGAGCAAGUGUAAACCAGCUUACAAUCGAUCAUGUUGUGAACAUCGAUUUGUAGAUUUAUUAGUGUUCAGUACGUCCGCAGAUUUGCCUAACUUAUAUUCAAUCAUGUGUCAGGUUGGGAAAUCGGAGGGGGGAAGGGGUGUGGAAUAAUGUUAACGAGUUUCUUGAUUUUGUCGAAACAAUAGUCUGUACCAACAAAAAAUGAGGAAACAAUACAUUUUUGGCAGUCUGUUUUUAAGUGCUAGUUUCUGAGUAUUCAAUGCUUAUGAUAAAGGCGAUCAUAAACUUUUAGGCGUAUGUUUCAAGGCUGUAAGUCUAUUGUUUGAGUUUCAGUCUUUCCAGCUAGUGCAG